GCAAAGAUCUUCUCCAGAAAAUAGGGAUAGUUCCGUCAGAUCAGGCUGCCAAUAGAUAUUUCCAUGUAGCACUGGUUCUGUAACGAAGAAAAAUUGCACGCCAGAGACACUUCUUCCCUUGCUUCCCUGCAGAGGAGGGCGUCAGGGGAAAAUAAAAAAGAAUAAAAAUAAUCAAAGAAAGGGGCGAAGAAAAUAAAGCACCCCCUCCAGUUACCGGUAAACACCUUCUCGGUUCGAGUCUCUCCCAGUAUCGCAUCCCCGAGGAAGGAGCAGAGACUCGAGGUCCAUUUCUUCUGGGAUUCCUCGCCUCGCCUCAGAAAUCCUUUGCGGCCUUCUGUUCCAAGAUUCAACAUGGAGCGCCCGAUUUCAUUUCUGGCAAGGAGCGAGUGGAGCAGAUGAGAUUUCAUCGCCAAGACUGCCUUCCUCGUGCCAUCACCGAUCAGGAUCGGCCUGUUCCCGUGCCCUUGGGUUUAAGAAUUCCGAGCAUCCAACGAGAACUCUGCCCCUCGGUCUGCUCCAUUCCUCGUGCGAUCGCCGCCGGAUUCGAAUUACCUGCUGCUGCCGGUGAAAGAAAAGCAGUCAGAAGAAGAUGUUUGGGUUCCGUGGUGGCCUCCCCCUGCUCUUCCUCCUCCUCGUUGCCCUCGCUUCUUUUCCCUGCUCCCUCUUCUCCUCCCCCGACUGCUCGCGGACCUGCGGCUCCAUCACCGUCCCUUUCCCCUUCGGCUUCUCCGAGGGAUGCGAAAUCACCUUAAACUGUACGCGCGCGCGCUCCGAGAUCCGGGUCGGGGAGUUCCAGGUGCGGAACAUCACGCCCGACAUCCUCCUGGUGGACGUUCCCCCGCGCUGCGACCGCCCCGUCCACGCCGUCGCCAGCCUCUUCGGGAAGAACUACGCGCUGACCUCGAGGAACGGCCUCUUCCUCCGCCACUGUACCACCUCGUCCUCGGGAUGCCUCAUCCCCACCUCCCUGCUCUCCCGGGAAGAUCUCAACAGCUGCGGUGACAGCGCCAGGUGCUUCUCCGACGUCGGGAGUACCGGUGGUUUCCUGGCCGCCAAAAAUAUCACCACCGCCGGAUGCAGCUCCCUCUUCACCUCCAUAGGCUUCGAGCCAGAGUUGGAGUCGCAAGACCCCCACAUGCUGCCGCUCGUGCUGCAGUCGGCGGUGGUGGAAUGGUGGCGGGAGGGCGGGUGCCGGUGCUCCCCCCACGCCAAGUGCACCAACUUCACCUCUCCGAGCACCGGGAAGCCCGGUUUCAGGUGCAAGUGCCUCGGGGGAUUCCAAGGGGACGGGUUCGCCGACGGCGCCCGUUGUAAAAAAGUGACGGAUUCAAAAUGCAAUCCUUCCAAGUACAUUUCAGGGAGCUGUGGAGGAACUGCCAGAGUUGCUGUUCUGAUUGGAGGGAUCGUAGCUGGAGCCUUCAUAAUGGCUGGCGUCGUUCUUGUUUGCUACCUCAUCAGGCGGCGCUCCUCUUUCUCGCGAAUCCGAAAGAGUACGAAACGCCUCCUAUCUGAGGCAUCCUGCACGGUUCCCCUCUAUCCCUACAAGGACAUCGAGAAGGCCACGGAUGCCUUCUCGGAGAGCCAGAGGCUAGGUACUGGUGCUUAUGGAACUGUUUAUGCUGGCAAGCUCGGCAACGACAAACUAGUUGCCAUCAAGAAGAUCAAACACCGAGACGCCGACGGCAUCGUGCAGGUCAUGAACGAGAUCAAGCUUCUCUCCUCCGUGAGCCACCCGAACCUGGUCCGCCUCCUAGGCUGCUGCAUCGAAAGAGGGGAACAGAUCCUAGUUUACGAAUUCAUGCCCAACGGAACUCUAGCUCAGCACCUGCAGAGGGAGCGAGGCCCUGCCCUCCCUUGGACCGUCCGCCUCGGCAUCGCCGCAGAGACCGCACAAGCUAUUGCCUACCUUCACUCGGCGAUCCACCCACCGAUAUACCAUCGAGAUAUCAAAUCCAGCAACAUACUGCUGGACUUCAACUACAAGUCCAAGGUUGCGGACUUUGGUCUCUCCAGGAUCGCCAUGACCGAGUCUUCGCACAUCUCUACGGCCCCGCAGGGAACGCCGGGCUACCUCGAUCCCCAGUAUCACCAGAAUUUCCACCUCUCGGACAAGAGCGAUGUUUACAGCUUCGGGGUUGUGCUCGUGGAGAUCAUAACGGCGCUGAAGGCGGUGGACUUCAACAGGGUGCAGAGCGAGGUGAAUCUGGCGGCGCUGGCGAUCGAUAAGAUUGGGAGGGGCUCCGUGGACGAGAUAAUAGACCCCUGCCUGGAUCCCAACAGAGAUGCUUGGACUCUCUCCUCCAUUCACAAGGUGGCCGAGCUGGCGUUCAGGUGCCUGGCGUUCCACAGGGACAUGCGACCCUCCAUGACGGAAGUGGCUGAUGAGCUGGAGCAGAUCAGGCUCAGCGGGUGGGCUCCGUCAGCGGAUGACUGCGUCUUCAUGUCAACGGCAUCGUCGCUGUGCUCAUCGCCAUCCAACUGCACGGAUAAGUCCAGCGGAGUGUCGAAGAGCAGGAGGCUGGCUUUGUCGGACACCAUGGUGGAGGUGAAGGUCGACUCCCCUGUUUCCGUGCAGGAGCCAUGGUUCAGCGGGCAGAGCUCUCCUUCGGAGAACAGCCUGCUGGGUAAUGUAGUUCGUUAGUCGGUCCGACCUCCUGUCGCCGCGCGCACGCGGAUUCCCGGACUCACGGAAAUAUCAACGAAGAGCAAGUUUCAGCAUUAGUUAGCCUGGGUAAGUCCCGCUGUAUUAUUCCUAAUUAACCACCUCCCCCCUGCCCUGCUGCUUUCUCCAAACCUGGAAGGCAUAUGCGGUCGGGUCGCCUGUCGCUGUGCUCGGGCAUUUCCACCGAUCUAGCUUUGGGCCAUUGGACUUGGCCUAUGUAAACAUAAAGGAUCCCUGUGGAGGAUGCAACUUCCCCGUGGCUCUGUUCCGCCCCGGGUCCUGCCUUUGCCUUCACCUUUCGCCUGGACAAUCAUGCUGUGCGCAGAGCUCUUGAGGACAUUUCUCUCGAGUAAUAUACAGAGACUUUGUUUCA